AGCCGUCCCCUCUUAUUUCACUUCCCUUUCUUCACCAUUGGAGAAAGCGGAGAACAUUCCAAUUUCGUCUCGAAACCCUAGAAAGUUCCAAAAUCUGACCGGAGAAAAUGAUCAAUUUCAGGCCGCCGGAGACGAGAACAAGGCCUUCGGUGGGAUCGAGUUCAGUCGUGACGGCGGAGAAAGCGUUAUCGUUUAUAUCGAAGGGAUGGCAAGAGGUACGAUCAUCAGCGGGCGCGGAUCUUCAGCUCAUAAAAAACCGAGCGAACAAGUUUAAGAACUUAGCGGAUAGGGAACUGGAGAAUUUCCUUAAUUCAGCUUCAAUAUCGCCCUUCGCUGUUCCAGCAAUUACGGCUUAUGCCAAUACGACACCGGCUGAGAUUGAUUUUGUGAAGAAGCUUCGUCCGAAGCUUUCCGAGAUUCGUAGAGCUUAUUCGUCGUCGGAGUUCAAGUGGCCGUCGCAGGGGAAGCUUCGGAUUGAUUUAUCAGCGAUAAAGAAUGCAAUUGUGGCGGAUGUGGAAGUGGAAGAGGAGGAAGAGAGGGAGAGGGAGAGGGAGAUAUGGAGGAAAUGGAGGAGAGAAAGGCUUAAGGAAGAGAGGCAUUUUGGGGAAUUUGAUUGGGAGCCUAUUAAAGCUUUCAAGAUUCGGUUAAAGGAGCUGGAGGUGGAGCUAAAGGGAUCGAGUUCCUCCCCGGCAGAGAUUUUUGAAGUGAUUAAGAAUAGUGAAUUUGUGGGGAAAGUAAAAUCAAGCUUGAAAUCAAUUUGCAAGGAACCAGAAGAGACAAAGGGAGUGCCACCACUUGAUGUGCCAGAACUAUUGGCAUAUUUAGUUAGACAAUCGAGCCCAUUUUUGGAUCAUAUUGGAAUAAGAAGAGAUAUAUCAGAGAAGAUUGUGGAAAGUUUAUGCAGUAAAGGACAAAGCAAGCUUUUGCUACAAUCCUUACCUGGAGAAGGAUCCUCACUGAUUGAUGGUGAAAUUAUGAAUGAUGAACUAGAUUUAAGAAUCGCCAGUGUUCUUCAGAGUACAGGUCAUUGUUAUGAUGGUGGAUUUUGGGGAGAUUCUACCAAGCAGAACCUAGCAGGUGAUAAGAGACAUGUAGCAAUAGUUACAACUGCUAGCCUUCCUUGGAUGACGGGAACUGCUGUAAAUCCUCUAUUUCGAGCGGCUUACUUAGCCAAAUUAGAAAAGCAGAAUGUUACGUUGCUGGUUCCAUGGCUAUGUAAGUCUGACCAAGAGUUAGUUUAUCCAAACCAACUUACUUUUAGUUCUCCUGAAGCUCAAGAGCUUUAUAUACGCAAUUGGCUUGAGGAGCGAAUUGGUUUCAAGGCUGACUUCAAGAUUUCAUUUUACCCUGGAAAGUUCUCCAAAGAAAGACGGAGCAUAUUACCAGCUGGAGACACUUCUCAGUUUAUCCCAUCUAGGGAUGCCGAUAUUGCAAUUUUGGAGGAGCCAGAACAUCUCAAUUGGUACCACCAUGGAAAACGUUGGACUGAUAAAUUUAAUCAUGUUGUUGGCAUCGUCCACACAAACUAUUUGGAAUAUAUCAAGAGGGAAAAGAAUGGGGCUCUUCAAGCUUUUUUUGUGAAACACAUUAACAAUUGGGUCACAAGAGCAUAUUGUGACAAGGUUCUUCGUCUUUCUGCUGCUACACAAGAUUUACCCAGGUCUUUGGUCUGCAAUGUUCAUGGUGUCAAUCCAAAGUUUCUGAAAAUAGGAGAAAAAGCAGCUGCAGAUAGACAAAGCGGUCAGAAAGUUUUCUCUAAAGGGGCAUAUUUCCUAGGCAAAAUGGUUUGGGCGAAGGGAUACCGGGAGUUGAUAGAUCUCUUAUCAAAGCACAAAACUGACCUUGAUGGCUUUAAUUUGGAUGUAUUCGGCAAUGGGGAAGAUGCUCAUGAAGUACAGGGUACGGCAAAGAGGUUAAAUCUCAAUGUCAACUUCAUGAAAGGUAGAGACCAUGCAGAUGAUUCUCUUCAUGGUUACAAAGUCUUCAUAAAUCCUAGUAUCAGUGAUGUGCUCUGUACUGCCACAGCUGAGGCUCUUGCAAUGGGGAAAUUUGUAGUCUGUGCAGAUCACCCAUCUAAUGAGUUUUUCCAGGCAUUUUCCAACUGUUUGACUUACAAGACACCUGAAGACUUUGUAGCAAAAGUUGAAGAGGCAAUGUCUAGUGAGCCUCGACCACUCACUCCCGAGGAGCAAUACAGGCUAUCAUGGGAAGCUGCUACACUGAGGUUCAUGGAAUAUUCUGACCUCGAUAAGGUUUUGAGUAAUGAAACAAGUCUGGACAGGAGACGUCGGAAGGGCAUGGGUAAAUCAGUUUCCAUGCCAAACCUAGAAGAGAUGGUUGAUGGGGGUCUGGCAUUUACCCACAAUUGUCUCACAGGGAACGAGUUCUUGAGGUUGUGUACUGGCGCAAUACCCAGAACUCGGGAUUAUGACAAGCAGCAUUGCAAUGAUCUCCAUCUCUUGCCUCCUCAGGUAGAAAACCCAAUAUAUGGCUGGUAAAUAGAAUACGUAACUAACAUGUAUAUAGGAUGUUAGGCAAACUGGAUGCUUGUUAAUCCUUAGCUCCAAUGCUAAGGUCUAGGUCUUGAUGUUUUCUAGCUAUUAAUUUUGAUGCAGUUAAUCCUGCAGGGGUAGUUUAUAGGAUUAUACGUAAAGUUUGUAACUUGUAAUAGUCAUACCUUUCCUGUUUUACGUUGGUGGUGUCUGGGUUACUCCAAGUUUAGGAUUAGGUUGUGUCUUAGUUUCUUUUACAAGGUUGGAAAACUUCCAUCAGUAGUAGCAACUGGUCACUUGGAGCAAACUCUUACGACUAUUAUUAUAUUGUAGUUUUGCAUAAUGUCUUUGAUUAUAUCUGUA